UAUAGAGAGAGAGAGAGAGAGAGAGAGAGAGAAACCAUAUAAUCGGAUUAUGGAGCCAGAGUUUUGUCGCACACUCGUCAAUUUCUCGUUUAUCUUCAGGGUUUGUCCAACGCUUCCUCACUCAAUGUUGUUUGUUGGGAUAGUGCCGAUAACAGAAAAGUUUCUCCCGGGAAGAAGUUGCGACAGUUGGGAGUGGAACUGCAAGUACUUAUUCUAGAGAAAUAUCUGUGCACGAAUUUCUGAUUGUCUUCGGGUGUUGCUGCUGGAACACUAGAUUGGCAAUCGUAAACGGAUUUAUAAAAGGUAUACAUUAUGUUUAUUACAAAUGACGGUGAAUUAUUACAUGAGUACGAUUUGAGGAAUAACAGUGCAUAUGAGACUAAAUGCCUUUGACACAGAGGAUACGUCAAAGAACAUUUGAACCGAAGUUUGGAGUGUAAACGUUAUGAAGGGCUCGUAUCUAUGCUUUUAACCCGUAUAAAUGCAACCAACGGCAACCGGGAGGUGUCAGAUCCGCAUGACUUGAGGAUUUUAUCCUUCAGGGGUUAAAUGGUUCUGAUAACGGACAGUAGAGAUGGUGGAGGCUCAUCUCCAGGAAAAGUGAAACCAGUUAAACACUCUAAAAGUGUUGGCAACGUCGCCCAAAUAUAUCCCACUAUCGUGGAGGAAGCGCCUGAUCGCGCGGACGACGACGAUAAUUAUGAUGAAUAUCUCGGCUCGUGCGAGUCGAAUGAGGAUGAAGACUUCGAGGAGUUGGAGGACUUCUCAGAACUGCCGGAUACCCGGAGUAUCGUCUCAGAUGACUCCUUUUAUCCACCGAACGAUGACUUUGCAGACUCUGAGAGGACACCCUCACCGGAGUGCUCAGCGCCGCUGUCGUUUUAUCAAGCGUGUUGCAAUAACAACGCGCUAAUAGUUAAACUCAUGAUUAGACAAGGUGUAACGGAGGAGGAGGUUCACGACACGGACAAAAACAAGAGGACUGGACUAAUAGUGGCAUGUUACCAAGGGUACGUUGACGUGGUGAUUGCGCUCUCCCAGUGUCCUCACCUGGAUGUGAACUGGCAGGACAACGAGGGCAAUACAGCCCUCAUCACCGCCUCACAAGCAGGUCACAUCACAAUCUCUAACUACCUACUCAACUACUUUCCCGGGCUUGACAUUGAGAGGAGGAACUGCCAUGGUUUCACUGCUCUGAUGAAAGCUGCUAUGCAGGGUCGAGUGGAAUGUGUCAAAGUCCUGAUGCUGGCAGGAGCUGAUCUAGAGGCCAGAGACAAUGGAAGGAAGUUCACCGCACGAGAGUGGGCCAUCUUCACAAGCCGCUAUGAGACUGCCUUUGUCAUUAUGCGGUUGAUGCAGCAGCCAUGUCCUGAGCAGUUCUGCGACACCUAUCGGCCUGAGUGGCCCCUUCUACCUGCACUGGUGGCCAAAGCCCAGUCACCUAAAGGCUGCGUUCAGAGGAUUUCAGAGACACUACGCAACUUCUUUGACAUCAGUAACGUCACUGAAGCUUCAGAUGAUGGGGUUCUGGAUCACAUGGUGCGCAUGACAACUGCACUGAGGAGUCCGUUCGUUGGAACUGCAUGUCAGACCGUGUGUCCUGGCAGCCCGCCCUGCAUCGGAAAACGGCGUUAUGCUGUUCAGGAGAUACUAAAAAAGCAGCGAGCCGAGCACCUGAAAGUUCUUGGACCCGAGCGGCUUGAGAACAACAAACGUCUUUUCCAGAACUCUUGUGUCAUGCUGGUGCCCAAACCCAAAGAUCGACGAGCUAGUCUGCAGUCCCAGGCCUUCUCAGAUGGUUCCUCCUCCUCCUCCCUAACCCUCCGUAGGGGCAGUCUGCUCCCCUUACACUUGCUGAAGAGGAGCAGCAUAAGACCAGGUCUGGUGGUGCCCAAGGUGAGAAUUUCCAAGGCACCUAUGCCCACUUACGUGCCGGAGAAAGUGCGGCGGAAAAGCAGUUGUAUAGAAGGCCAGUUCCUCCAGAUUCCCAAGUGGAGAUAUAAAGAACUGAAGGAAGAGCGAAAGAAAGCAGAGGAGGCAGAGAGGAAAAGACUGGAGGCCAUAACAAAAAGAAAGCUCUCUACUGGCAAUAGGAAUUAACAGGGACUAUACUUGAAAUGCAAAUUUAUUUUAAUAUUUAUUGUUGUCAAAAAAGAUGACUGCUUUUUUUGUAAUGUUGAAUGUUUCUGUCCAAAGAUGAAGCUUUUUUAAAAUGGGGUAAAGCAAAUGGUUUGAAGUGAAUAGCUCUUAAAAACCUUUAAUCCCCAUGUAGGGGACUGAGCAUCAGCAGACUAGCCAGUCACAAAGCUCUAAGAUGAUCUAAAAUGGGUACACUACUAAAAUGCGAUAUUACUGUAUGUGUUUACAUCCUAUAAAAUAGGGUUGCUGAUGCCAACAUUGCAGACAGUGUGUGUUUAGAGGGUUGUUCAAGACUAACAUUUUCUCAGAUUUAUCAGUAGCAUCACAAAUGUAUUUUAAAGAUACAAAUAUACUGUACCUAAUUUUUUUAAACAAUUUUUAUGAACAUUGUAGAAGUUGGAUGGUGUUUUGAGAGUAGGAAUACCUGCAUUUGCACAAAUUUCAGAGACUAAUGAGAGAGCUACUGACAAUCACCAUAAACACUGAAAAAGAAAACAAAACAGAGGAAAUUUGAUCAAGAACACAGAGGAAUGGAUUUUGUUGGAUAUUUUGUAUCCAUAUAUUUCUAAUAGGUAUUUAUACAACUAAAGCACUCAAGCUCAUGACUUGGAUGUCUAUUCAGUCUGUUCUGAAACUCUAUUCUUCAAGAAAAGUAUAAUUCAUCUUUUACCCAGAUGUUGCUUUUGCUGUCACUAGAGAUGUACAGUACCAAUAUAAUUACUAAACACACA